GGCUGUACGGAGUGUGGUUGUAGUCCAAAAGGUUCCACUUCGGAGUCCUGCGAGCCCUUCACGGGCCAAUGCAACUGUCUGCCCUUUACAAUGGGGCGGGCGUGUGAUGAGUGUCUGCCGGGCUACUUCAACCUCACCACGGGAGUGGGUUGUCAGGACUGCGAAUGUCAUCCUUACGGGUCCACCCAUCGCCAAUGCGACCCCAACGGGCAGUGCUUCUGCAGAUCCUUCGCCAGCGGGAAGAAGUGUGACCAGUGCGAGGCGAGUCACAAUACAUUUCAUCCACCCACCGUAUAG